UCGCCGCCCUGCAGAAACGCCCGCGAGGUGCUGGCCCGCUCCUCGGCUUCGCCUGCCUGCUCGCUGCCCUUGUGCCGGGCUGGGGCCAGAGCCGUAAGUUUGGGUCUUGGUCUAUUCCCUUCCGGAACAGGCACUCGCGCCAUCUCCACGGUGCUGCACCUGACUCUCUGGCGGCUGCGAUCCUGUUUCGCACUUACCUGGCACCGAAGCAUCUUUAAGAUCCAGGCACCUCAGCCCUGAGGAGUUCAGUGGCCAGGAUGCAGCCUUGGCAGCGUCCAUUUCACUCGAUGGAACCUGCUCCUAGAAAGCUAUUUGACAAAACAGACAACAGAUGUGCCAUCUCAAAUGCAGUGACGUGUACCAACUGUCUUGCUGUGGGCCCAGAGUGUGCAUGGUGUACUCAAGAGGAUUUCAUGGCUGGAACAAAACAGAAGGAACGAUGUGACAUAGUUCUACACUUAAUGAAAAGAGGCUGCAGAGCAGAUUUCAUAGAAAGUCCCAGUGCUGGUGUAACAAUGCCUGCCAGUAAUGCUAAUGUACAAGUGGCACCAGGAGAAGUUUCAAUCCAACUACGUCCAGGAUCCGAAGCAAGUUUUAUGUUGAAAGUCCAGCCACUGGAAAAGUACCCGGUCGACCUUUAUUAUUUGGUUGAUGUGUCUGCAUCUAUGCACAAAAAUAUAGAAAAAUUAAACUCUGUUGGAUCUGAUUUAUCUCAAAAGAUGGAAAAUAUUUCCCUUGAUUUGCGACUUGGAUAUGGAUCUUACGUAGAUAAGACGGUGUCGCCUUAUAUUAGCAUUCACCCAGGAAGAAUUCAUAAUCAAUGCAGCGAUUAUGAUCUCGAUUGUAUGCCUCCUCAUGGCUAUAUCCAUGUCUUAUCGUUGACUGACAAAAUAGCAGAAUUCAGAAGUGCAAUUAGCAAGCAGAAAAUCUCUGGGAAUAUUGACACACCAGAAGGAGGCUUUGAUGCUAUGCUUCAAGCAGCUGUGUGCCAGAGCCAUAUUGGUUGGCGCAAAGAAGCCAAGCGCCUGCUUCUCAUGAUGACGGAUCAGACCUCUCACCUGGCGCUUGACAGUAAAUUAGCGGGGAUAGUAAUCCCUAAUGAUGGAAACUGCCAUUUGAAAGAUAAUGUGUACGUCAAAGCGACCAGUAUGGAGCAUCCAUCACUUGGCCAGCUUUCUGAAAAACUCAUAGACAACAACAUUAAUGUAAUUUUUGCAGUCCAAGGGAGCCAAUUUCACUGGUAUAAGGACCUUUUGCCUCUUCUGCCGGGAACUACUGCAAGACAGAUAGAAUCUCAAGCAGUGAAUCUCAGUGACUUGGUGGUAGAAGCCUACAAGAAACUGCUCUCCGAAGUGAAAAUUCAGGUGGAAAACCCCAUCCAAGAUAUAAAUGUCAAGGUCACUGCAAUCUGCCCUGAUGGAAGUAGAAAAACCGGCGCGGAGGGAUGCAAAAACGUGAAAUCCACAGCUGAAGUGCUCUUCAAUAUUUCCAUUGCCAUGAAAGGAUGUGGUACAACCGAAGGAAGAAAAUACAUGACUCUCAAACCGCUUGGUUUCAAUGAAUCAACCAGAGUUAAUAUACACAAAAUAUGUGCUUGUCAGUGUGAGGGCAGCAUAAAGCACAAAAGGAUAUGUGUCGAUGAAACAUCUCAGGAUGCAGAGACUCCGAGCUCCAGCGACAAAUUCUCUUCUGAGCAGUGCAAGAUGCCCAAGAGCCACCUAGUCUGCAGUGGUCAAGGAGACUGUGUAGAUGGGAAAUGCAUUUGCCACAAAACCAAACUUGGCACAAUAUAUGGUAAAUACUGUGAAAAAGAUGACUUUUCCUGCCCUCAUCACCUGGGAAACUUAUGUGCUGGCAACGGUAAAUGCGAAGCAGGCAAAUGCAAAUGCUCUAGUGGCUGGGAGGGCGAUCGUUGCCAGUGCUCGUCAUCCUUACGAAAACACUGCAUGAAUUCAAAUGGCCAGGUCUGCAGUGGAAGAGGAACUUGUGUGUGUGGAAGAUGCAAAUGCACCGAUCCCAGCAGUUUGGGCCAUUUGUGUGAAUUCUGCCCUACUUGUAGAAUAACUUGCAGUGACAAACGGAAUUGUGUGCCCUGUCGUCACUCCAACUCGUCUCAGAUUGCGCUGGACCAGUGCAAAACCUCGUGUGCUUACAGGUUGCAUUAUACUGAAAAAUCUUCAGAAUGCACAGCUGAUGAUCCAAGCCACUUCAGAAUCUUUUUCAUAAUUUUUAUAGUUACAUUUCUGAUUGGGUUGCUUAACGUGCUUAUAAUCCGACAAAUAAUUCUUCAGUGGAGCAAUAACAAAAUUAAAUCUUCAUCUGAUUAUAGAAUAUCUGCAACUAAAAAGGAUAAAAUGUUCUUGCCCACUGUUUGUUCAAAAACUGUAACCUACAGACGUGAUAAGCCUGAAGAAAUCAACAUCAGCAAGUUACAAGUAAAUGAAACUUUCAAAUGUAACUCCUGAAGACAGGCUGCUUUCUUCAAAGCUUUGUUUUCUCAGUCAAGAAGUUUAUUUGAAAGAUACUUUGGGGGUUUGUGGUUUGAAUACUGUAAUGAGAAACUGACCUGAAAGCCUAGUUACACAACAUGGCUAGAUUUCAAACAGAGCUGCUCCAUUUUGGAAAAAACAAAUGUGCAUUAACUACUGAUUAACAUGAUUAAACCAAUUAAAGCACAGAUAAUUUGGAUUGGGGCCAAUUAAGUCCCAUUUAGGAUCAACAGGAUCAAAUUGGCUUAAAUUUGACUGUUCUGGCAUAAGCAGGCUUCUUACCUGUUCACAACACCACUCUGCAUUGUAGCACUUUAACAUAACGUAACUUAUUUAGUCUUUAGCAUUGGCACGUAAUGCUAAUCCGAACUGGUGUUGCAAACGCACUGAUCUCACUUUAGUUAAGAAAAGGUUUGGUCUACAUUUCCCAAACAAUGUAAAGCAAAAUGUAGCUGGCACAAAUCAGUGACAGGUCAACCGUUGGCACUUAACUCCUGUUCUGAGCACUGGGGAGAAAGCAGAUCAGAAAGGGGGAAAACGUGGGACAAAAUACCCACAGAGAAAAUUGCCUGCAAAACAAAACAGAAAAGAUUGAAACAAUUCCUUACCACCAUCACUCUGGCCCCGAUAAUCGCAAGCCUUGAUGUCCUACGUUGCACUAAUUUGGAGGAGAGAAUAGGCUUGCAUCCAGCCUACUAAAAAGCAAAAACACUAACAGAGCAAUCUAAUUCCCCUACCCAGUCAUUGUGGAUGGUACUUGGAUGAGAUGCAGAUAUUUCUCCAGCCUGACUCCACUGGCCUCCACCACCAGGAGAGCUCAAUCUUCAGCAAGAUAGCCCUACCAGCAAGAAGUACCCUAAUGUACCUUCCGAAAUGGUUGGUGGAAACUUCUGGUAGCAUAGCCAAUGGAAACUCCCGAAACACAGGAGAUGGUGGAGGAUCCUGUGCUGACCCCUAACUGCUGCCAGGUCGCAGGCACUCUUAUCUGCACCAGCCUGGGAGGUAGCACAGCCAACAAGUCUUUCCCACUCCCACCUCUCCCUUCUGCCCUGGCUGGCACAAGUGACUCUUAAGGCUACCAUCCUACGGCAUGCUUUGCCUAAGGCUAGCCCUGUUUCUAUCCGUGGGUCAUAACCCCCAUGCCAACAUGGGCUCAAAAUGCUGAGAGUCCUAGCGGGGGGCUGUGUUCCUUCUGGCAUCUCAGUAAGGAGACUCGACUUGCAUCCUGAGAACCACUGCUUUAUGUGGAGGAACGAAUAUGGUGAUCCUUCUGUGUUGCAUUUCAGAGAACACUAGAUAAAAGUAUAAGUACGUUUGUAUACAGAGCACACUUUAUGACUCUCUUUUCUAUACAUACUAACUAUUCUGACUUUGUUAGCUUCGAGUCUUUCUAAAAUUGGAUAGAAUCAUUUUGUGUAGAAGACUGGAAUAAUCAAAGGGGUUAAUCACUACUGGAUUUUUUUAAGAUAAUUUUUUUUUAAUGGCUCAUUGUUACUUAGGAAUAAUUACUACAUCAAGAAGAUACGCUAAAGCAUUUGACUCAAUUUGACCAGGGUGUGUUUUUGUGUAUGUGUGUACACACACACACACACACACACACACUAUAUUUUCCAUUAUAUAUAUAAAAUGGAAAAUAUAGUGUUAGUGCAGGAAAGUGUGAUAUGGUAAGCACAUAAGAAGAUGGCAGUAGAGAAAUAGAGCAGACUGAGUCAGUUACCACUCUAGCUCUUGUCAACCAAAAAUUAAAGCUGGUAUAUUUUAGUAUUUUAAAGCUCUGCCCCUGGUCCAUGCAUGCAUGGAACUCCUUUCCUAAUGCUAUUGGAAGCUCUUUGCAUCCAACCCUGUGGAUUUUUGAGUGAAAAAUUAUUUAUUUUUGGAGAUAGUGGAGUUGUGCUUGGCUGAGGCUACAACGCUCAAAAACUGCACAAUCAUAGCACUUUUAGAAUUAGAAUGUAUGCUGUUCUUUGGAAAAUUUUGCAACUUCUCUUGCUGAAACAACCAAAUCUCUUUGUGUUUUUAUUCAGUCUCCCCAAUACUUUGCACACUCCUUAAAAAAGGUACGCAAUUAGUGCCAAUAUACUUAAGUAGGCCAAGAGGAACAUCAUGCUAUCCACGAUUCCUGCAUACAGAUAUGUCAGGUUUUCCUUCUGUUUGCCAUGCCACAAUCUGGUUCAUACUUCAGUAUCGCUAUACAAUUCAAACACAUCUAAUUUGCAAUGUAUAUUUUGCAGUGGUUUCUGAUACUUUUUGCUUCCGUCAAGUUUUAAUGUGUACUGUAUUUUUUUUUUGUAAAAGCAAACGUGGAUGAGUCCUGUUUUUAUAGAUUCAGUGCUUAAAAUGUGUAGGCUCUUUCUAGGAAAGAGGAGUUCAGAGUAAAAAUAAUUUCCCGUUGUUCAAUAUAAGAUUAAACACUUUGAAAUCACUGCCGUAACUUCUGUUGAAGCUUACUACAUGUUUUUAUUUAAAAUGUAUUUUUGUAGUGUUCAUGACUAACUUUUUUAUUUCAGUUUUAUUUAUUUAUGUGUCACUUUAGUACAUUGUGAGAUAGUUUAUUUUUCUAUGAGAGCUGCAAUAACUAUGACUUAGCAUUAAUUUAAUGCAAAAUUAUUGUACUUUGUCUCUAACGUUAAAGAAAUAUUGUCUCUAA